GGACUAUCAAAAUGUUAUCAACAACGAUGAAUAUUCCGGCCUAUGAGUUAUGCCCGAUAUCUUCAGUCUGUGAUUGCGACCAUUUGCGACUGGCGGAGGCACUCUGGCACAUUCCGCGUAUGGUAUACCGUGUUUCACACAACCGAGGUAACUCUAGCUGUAUUUGCUGAGAUGCUCUUCGUAUUAGGGUCUACAAGGUAUAUACGAGAUUCAUGCAUAAAACCUUCCGAGGUCAUUGACAUAGUAUUCUCCAUCAUUGCUAUAUGGCGCAGCCGAUGUUUCCAAUACACGGACACCAUUUUCACCCAUAUAUAACUCAGGGCGACCUCGAGUCAACGUGUUCAAUAUUAUACAGAGAACCGCAAACCAAAGAUUAGGUACCGGGUCUUGUCUCAGCGGUCACCUACAGUGUUCCUCUUUAGAUAUUGCGCGAAGUGCGGAA